AUGGCAACGACAGACGCCGCGUUUCUCGCUGAAGUUGAGCGCUUUUUAACAUCGUGCGAUCAUCCAUUGAUCACUUUGUUUGAAGAAUCAAAUCGCAAUUACGUCAAUGGUAAACCGGCGUUCAGACAUGAACGCAGUAGCAAGACUCCAAGUACGGAUUGCCAUCGCGAAGAAUGGAGGAAAAUGGACGCAGUUUCCAGACACGAGCUGGAAAAGGCAAAGGAUCGUAAACGACGAAGAGAGUAUCGAGAGCAGCGGCGAACUGAGCGGCAUAAUCUUCAGCAGGAAAUCAUAAGACUCACGGAAGAACUAGAGAAGAUCCAAGGAGCAGCUAAAACCCUGUCAACACUGUCCACUUCAUCCUGGAAAAUGGUAGCACAGCGCCAGUUAGCUGCUCGAAAAGGUGCCGAGAAUCAGCAAACACAACUGCAUAAGGCGAUCGAUAUGUAUGCGACUGUGAUCAAGGAGUUCCACUGCCUUUUCCACGAGAGACUUCAGCACCUGAACGAUGUCUCUAUCUACCAAGAACUUUCUAUCAAGAACGAACCUGCCUCAGCAUUUAGUCAACACAAGAAGAUUCGAUUCGAUUCUACAGAUACCGAUAUUUUCGCGACAUAUAUCAAGGAGUUAGACGCGGUGUAUGCUCAGACUGAUAAAACGCUACAAACUUGGUGUCUUGAGUCCACCGAACCAAACUGGGACGCUCCUAAAGAGAUCUGGGACAAGGAUCCAGACACGGGCUACUUCCAGUUCAGAGGGAAGGUCACCGUGCCGUUCGACUUUAAGGAUAUCUGCCGAUCGCGAUGGCAAGUUGCACACUUGCUCCAUUUACAAGAUUGCCGAGAGAUUUAUGAUGCAGUCAACGAUCCCGAGAACACACUGGCACUCAAGUUUCGCCGUACGACUCGCUUGAAUUCGGGGGGGAUUGCUUCGGUACAAAGAUGGUUAGUUAUUCGUCGAUAUGAAGCGGAAGGCCGUAUGGUACUUGUCUGGCGAUUCUUCACAGAAGGCGAGGGAAUAUUCGCAGGCAUGCACGCUGAUGAGACUGGCUGGGGAGUAGCAACAGCCGUGGAAGGAUCGUCCAAGACGGGAAGUGUGUUACGAACGUGCGUUCGCAACGCACGAAUGCAUUUCAGCAAUUUGACAGCGCCAAAUAACGUGACGGAGCAGUUCGGCGAUAAACUACUUGAAUGGGGGCGCGAAAACAACGAGGAAACUACCCUCGGACUCGAAAGACUGCUGAUAAAAAGCGAGUAAUAUAUCCAAAUGCGUGGCAAUACGAAGGUUGCAGAUCACCAGUCGAGAAGCGAUGCAUGCAGUCUCACAGAGUGGCUUGCACAGAGUGUAUUCGCUAAUCAAAUAAAAC